AUGGAGGAAUGGCUGGUGACGGAAGAUGACGGAAUUUCCAGAAAUGGCAAAAUUGACUUGGGACGCAGAGGCAGUUCCCCAGGUGAAGGUGGCAGCUGUGCGGGAGACGCUGUGCAGGGUGGUGAGGAAGCAGAGGGACAGGGGCUUCCCAGAGAUGCAGCACGUGCUCUGCAGCUUACGUUAGAAGCGCUCCUGGAGAACCGGCCUGCAGGCUCCAGCGAGGGGUGGAAGUGUGUGCAGCACCAACAAAGCCUACCUGCAGGCCGUCUCAGGUCGGAUGGCACUCAGCGUGCUGCUGAGGAAGAGCUGGAGAUCCAGAACAUGAACAAUAUAAUCACGUUUCCACUGGACAGUUUGUUAAAGGGCGAUCUAAAAGGAGUAAAAGGGGAUUUGAAGAAGCCUUUUGAUAAAGCAUGGAAAGACUAUGAAACCAAAGUGACAAAAAUAGAAAAAGAGAAAAAAGAACACGCUAAAUUACAUGGAAUGAUUCGCACAGAAAUUAGUGGCGCUGAAAUAGCAGAAGAGAUGGAAAAAGAGCGAAGAUUCUUCCAGUUGCAGAUGUGUGAGUACCUGCUGAAAGUCAAUGAAAUCAAGAUUAAGAAAGGAGUUGACUUGCUUCAAAACCUGAUCAAGUAUUUCCAUGCACAGUGCAACUUCUUUCAGGAUGGUCUAAAAGCAGUUGAAAGCCUCAAACCCUCAAUAGAAAAGCUCUCCACAGAUCUUCACACUAUAAAGCAAGUGCAGGAUGAAGAAAGAAAACAAUUAAUUCAACUUAGGGAUAUUUUAAAAUCUGCACUUCAGGUUGAUCAGAAGGAGGAUUCUCAACUCCGUCAGAGUACAACUUACAGUUUACAUCAACCUCAGGGAAAUAAGGAGCAUGGCACUGAAAGAGAUGGCAGCCUCUAUAAGAAAAGUGACGGAAUCAGGAAAGUGUGGCAGAAGAGAAAGUGCACUGUUAAAAAUGGCUUCCUAACUAUUUCCCAUGGUACA